AGUUUUUUAGAUUGCAAUGCGGUGAUAUGGUUUUAAAAAGACAUUUUUUUUUAGUUAUUAAGGUACUCCAAGGAUAAUCUUAUCGCCGGAGCUUGUUUAAACACAUCCGAGGAGCAUUUAAUUAGGAAGUUCACGGCUCCUUCCAUAUCGAUGUCAUUUCGUGGGUUUAAGCCAGCAUCGAAAUUAAACCUCUUGGUUCUGAGUCAGAACUAUUACCACUGCAACAUGGCUUAAUAGUUGUCAAUUUUGCAAUAGAACUCAAAAAAAGGGUUCCUGCUCCUGCGCAUUUGCUUUAUUUUUUCAAAACAAGGAUGGUCUAAAAAAUGAUGGCACUAACUUGAGAAAUAUUUUAAAAUUGUUAAAUUAUAAAUGGGCUAUAAUUCAAAUGACGAACGUGCUCCAAAAACUGUUUAUAAAAUUGAAACAGAGGAAAUAGAAGUUAAACAAGAGAUGAGUAAAGAAUACAAAAAGAGAAGAAAAGCCAUAAACCGUGAAGAUGCAGAUUCAAAUAAUCGAUCAAACGAAAAUGUAUCCCCUUUAGCGGACACUUCAAUAAAAGAGAAAAAAAUAACAUUGAACGAAAAAAAUGAUUAUCAGCGAAAACGUAGUAAACUUAAUAAUAUUCUUUUUCGAUUGGAAAAGAGAAAGAAAACAGAAAACACUCAUGAAAAAUUAAGAACAGAAAUUAAGGAGCUUGAUGAAAAACUUCAUGAACAAGACAAACCAAAUCAAAAUAUAUUUAAGAAAAGAAAGAAUACAAAUAAAAAUAGUGAAAGUAAAGAGCAUGAACAAAAGGUUUCACAAAUACAACGCCGUCUUGUUGCAAACGCAAGGGAACGGUCACGCGUUCAUGCUUUAAGUAAUGCGUUUAAUUUGUUAAGAACGUCUAUACCUAGUUAUUCACCGGAACAAAAACUUUCAAAACUAACGAUUCUCAGAGUUGCUAUAAACUAUAUUAGCGCACUUGAGGAGAUUUUGAACGAUAAUCCUUCAAUUCAUAAUUUUGCUGGAUUUGUUGAUGAAUGCACGUGUAUAUUGCAGACAGAAUAUGGAAGGUCCAAGUUUUUAAACUAUCAAGAUAAAUAUAAGAAUUAAAAUAAUAA